CUCAAAUGAGUUGGUUAAUUAAGGUCUCUACAAUGGCACAAUUGAGUUUGAUAUUUCGAGUUCGAAUUUCAACCUCAUAUUUAACCGUUUAAGGAAUGUUCAUAUGCGAUAAUAAUGUAAUCUACGAACAAAUUACUUGACGUGACAAAUUACAAUCAAAAUUGGGUGAUUGAUUUGUCAAUCAUACAAACUUCGGUAACCGUUUACUUCUUCAACCUUUCCUUUGGCCAUGGGCCGUGUGAUCGGGCCGCCGGCAGCCUCUUAGCUAACCCGUACCCGCUCGCGGCCAAAACGGUGUAUUGGAUUCGGGUCGGGUCCUAAAACCCCUAAUUUGCCGAUUUUCCUUCAGUCUUCAGAGCUGCGAUUCAGCAACCACAGAGAGACUCCAAGGAGAGCUGCUGAACCCAGAAGUGGCUCUUGCCGAAGUAACUUUUCGAUUCCGAUCAUGGGGAAAGUAAACUACAAGAAAAUGAAGGGUUCCCAGAACCUUCGGCAGAGGCUUCUGCUAUCGACGCUCUCCGGCACUCCUAUUCUCGUCGAAGACAUUCGCGCCGACGACAAAUUCCCCGGCCUCCGCCCCCAUGAAAUCUCCCUUCUCCGCCUCUUUGACCGAGUCACCGAUGAUUGCGUCGUCGAAAUCAAUGAUACCGGUACGAAGUUCAAGUACAAGCCUGGUGUGGUUAUGGGGGGAAGGCGUGUUGCUCAUGACUGUGGUGUGAGUCGAGCAAUUGGAUAUUUUCUGGAACCUUUGAUUGUUCUCGGAUUGUUUGGCAAGAAGCCGCUUGAGAUAAGGCUCAAAGGGAUUACGAAUGACUCGAAGGAUCCGUGCGUAGACACAUUCCGCUCGACUACCCUGCCAAUAUUAAAGCGAUUUGGGGUUCCUUCUGAAGGACUGGAUCUUAAAAUAGAGAGUCGUGGAGUUCCACCAUUGGGUGGAGGAGAAGUUGUUCUGUCAGUCCCUAUUGUUCAAGCCCUGUCGGCUGUCACUUGGAUUGAUGAGGGAAUGGUCAAAAGGAUUCGAGGGUGGACUUUCUCCGCCAAAGUAUCUUCUCAAUUCGAGAUCCAAAUGAUCCAUGCUGCCCGUGGUAUCUUCAAUAAUCUGCUUCCUGAUGUUCAUAUAUUCACCGAUCACAAAGCAGGCUUACAGGCUGGAAAUUCUCCUGGCUAUGGAAUCUCCUUGGUUGCCGAAACCAAUGCUGGCUGCUGCAUCUCGGCUGAUACUACGAUUUCUUAUGCACGGGGAGAUGAUGUUGGCGACAUGGAAGAUGAGAAGAAAGAGUUGAAGCCUCCACAGGAUGUCGGUGAAGACAUGGCUUCCGCUCUGCUUGAAGAGAUCGAGCUAGGUGGAGUGGUGGACUCCUCACACCAGGGUUUGGUGUUUCUUCUUUGCGCUCUAUGCCCUCCCGACAUAUCCAAGGUCCGGGUGGGGAAGUUGAUGCCAUAUGGAGUCGAAACGUUGAGGCAGAUCAAAGACUUUCUGGGCGUCGAAUUCAAUAUUAAAAUGGACACAACAACAAAGACAGUUAUACUGAAAUGUAUGGGGUGUGGGUUGAAGAACCUUUCGAGAAAGAGUUCAUAAUUAGUGACUUUGCCUUUCUCUAUAGGGCGUUGGCUUUGCAUCAUAGACUUCCCAGGUGCUUCCAGAGUAUUAAUGUGUCAGUAAACAGAAAACUAUGACGAGGCAAAUUUUGAUAGCUACGAUGUACUAUAGCAUUGUUCAGAUCUUCAUUCAAUCAGGCAACUUCAUUCCGAUUGUGGACCGAAUUGACAUUCGGCGUUUACUGAACACGUUUUUGGUUCUAAAUCACAGGUCCGAUACCAAAUCGAACCAUUUCCAAGGUCAGAUCAGUGGUACCUAGACUAACUAUCAAGCAUACAAUUCAAGAUAUAGGCAGUGGAGCAAACUAGUUAUGUUUACUAAUAAAUUGGUGGCAGCACAGAGUCAAAGUCAAAACACAAAAGGGAAGGCAUAGUUGAAGCAGGAAGUGGAAGGAAGACUGCAAAUUCGUUUCUGAAGAGAAAUUUACAGUGCCUUCUGCACUGAUAAAUACAAAAUGUACACUGCCAGUACCACAGUUCAAUGCCUUUCUCUGUGCACUGCAAAAUCGAAUUGCUCUCCUGGAGAUGCACUUCCUUACUUCAAUCCAACGCAUACUCUUCAGCUUUACCCUCUCCAGUCUCCAGUCCCCCAUUCCCAAAGAAUUUUCCAGGCAAAUAGUACCAAGAAUCCAAUGUACAGUACAAAAUCUGCAAGAAUAUUUAGCUUUUGACUCCAAAAUCAGCCCGGAUUGCAGUCAGUCUGGGAACUAUCAGAACCUGCCAAAAUUCAAAUAUGUUCUGUCAAAACCCACAUUUCCAUGAAAUUUCAUCGUCCCCAAAACUGACAAUACAAACAGAAGUUCCGUAGAAAACUAAGUACGUUAAAUACGCACAGAAGUUCCGUUUUCUUUUAUUUUCGCAGAACAGAAAUUACCGCUAAUGAAAUGAUGAUCACAUUUUAAAUAAUCAGGAAAGAUCCUAUCACAACUAAACAGAACUAUUUUGACUUGCAUACCAGUAUUACAGUCAGUGACACCAGCAAAACCGUCUGGUCAGAUGUGCCAAAAUAAUCUCCAAUGCCUGAAAUUCAAGAAAGCAAAUAUGGUAAAUAUUAAAAGGAAUAAACAAUUAGAGACAUACAAACAGCUGCCACAGCAUAGUUUGGCAGCCACUCUCCAAAUUACUAGCAUGAGGAGAGAUUCCUUGGAUUUAGACCUUGACCAAAGAAUUUUGUAGUAAUUCUCACAACCAGUAUGAACUACACAUCAUGCAAGCAGAGGCAUGUCCAUUUCAAUAAUUUCCUCACUAUUUUCCUACUUCAAGACUGAACAGUUUGAUAUCAGAAAGGCAUUUCCAAAACUUUCCUGACUAUCUACAUGAAAUACCCACUUAAGGCUUUCACAGUUACCAAACAGCAGCAUUAAAGAAAAGUAAACAUUUAUACCCUAUCAGCUUUUCGACUGACUUAUCGCCGAUGAGAAUCUUUGGCGAUGAAUUUGAACUCUAUCCUCCGGAAAAAAUAUCUCAAUUCUCGAACUGAAAUCUAUCAGAAAAAUCUUCUCAGUGAAAUUCAUCCAGGAACAAGAAAGCUCACAUACUUCA